AUGAUUUUGCCGAACAUCGCUAACAAGCUUUCUUGGGAAUCCAUUGCCAAAUCAGCAAUCGCUAUUGAAGAAUCUCUGUCUUUGGAUGAAACACUAUUGGAAUCCGCCUUUGCCAAUUUGUCAAUUGAUUCUAGUCCAGCCAUUCAACCCACUUCUGUCACAAGCAAUACCACCUAUGAGAACGUCGAUCCAAUGGAAAUCAAUGCUCUUAACACCAGCUCCCACUCUCAUUCGUCCUCCCGCUCGGGUAAAUUUCAACACAAGAAAACCCGUGAGAAGUCCGAUCCGAUGCGUCUUUGGGCCUCCGAUGGUCAACCUAUCUGUGGUAUCUGCAAGAAAGUUGGACACCUCACCAAGAAAUGCUCCCAAAACCCUGAAUCCACCCACUUCAGACAGGUGCAUAGUAUGUCCGCUGCCAAGACUAUCGAAUAUGCUGCCAUUCCUUUAGAAUAUGACCCUAUUGGGAUUCAACAUGCCGCCGCUAUCCAGAGCAUCGACCCAGUCCAGCAAUGCAACAAUGUCGAUCUCAGCAGUGGUUCUUGCUCCACACCUCGGGUCCGUCUGACUAUCAAAGGCAAUUUGGUUCAAGCUCUCGUAUAUACUGGUGCCAGCAUUUCAGCUGUUCGUGCUACUAUCGCUUCUGGUCUUGGUCUCCAAUACGAUACGUCGAAAGCUGCCGCUUUUACAACCGCCGACAACAAGAACGUUUCCUCUCUCGGUGUUACCUAUGUCAAAGCCAUGCUGGGUAAUACUCGGGUAUCACUUGCUUGUCAUGUUGCUCCUAACUUGGCACAUGAAGUUAUUUUUGGCUAUCCAAAUCUUAAGCGCCACAAGAUUCUCAUCGACACCAAUACUGAUGAGAUCCGCCUGCCCAAGUCUAUCUCAACGUUGUCACCUUCAGCACCCGGCGUAUGUGCAAUGGUCUCUUCCCUCCGCUUACCCCGUCAUUCACAUGCCUACGUUGACAUCUCUGGUCCUCCAAUGGCAUUCGCCUUUAUCUCGACUCCUAAUGACACUGUCAUGAAGAAGAUGCUUUCCGUCGCUGCGGGUGUUGUGAAGUUUAAUGCCGAUGGUGUUGCUACAGUCAAGUUGGCUAAUUUAGAUAAGGAUUUUAAACAUGUUAAUAAAGGACAGCAUAUUGCUAAUUUCGAAUAUUUGUCACCGACCCUUAGAUUGUAUUCUCAGAACGAUCUAUCCAUUAACAAUGUGUCCAACCAAUCUAAUCCUCAAGCAUCUGUAGCCAUGCCUGAUUUUUCGCCUUUUAUUGGUCAACACCUGAGUCCUUCUGAACAUGCGUCGAUGACAAUUUUACUACAAGAAUUUCCUGAUUGUUUUAGUUCCAAACCAUCUUCUGUGACACCAAGAGUCCAACAUUCCAUUGACACCGGCAACACCAGACCCCUAUCUCAGCCACCUGUCGUAUUUGGGUAUGAUUUAUUUGAGAAUAAACAAAUAAAUCGAAUAAAAUAAAAACAUGGAAUAAAAACAUCCUUUAAUAUUGAGUAACAGCAUACACCUGUAUACUGCUACACAACGACUCCUACUAUGAGUACAUAUUUCUAUAUAAAAAGAUUGCAUGAUUGGCUUAAAAUCGAUAUACGAAUGACAGUUGGAUAUAGAAUUCUAUACCACU